UUUCAGAUGUGAAGAAAACGGGAAACAAGGAAACACCCACCAAUCGCUCUACGAAAUGCCAAAACAGAGAACCGCCAGACAACCCACCACCGCAUUUACCACCACGCAGCACGAGCUGACCACUCCUCUCCGUCGAUCCAAGAGAAUUCUCCAACAAAAGCCCCAUGAUGUGAGCACUGACAACCCAGUACCUUCAAAAAAUCACACAGAUUAUACACGAAAAGCAUUCAACGAACUGAGAAAAUCCGAGGAGAGUUCCUCAAUUUGCUCGACUCCCGCCCUUGGGUUGAGAAGAUCUCCAAGGUUUAGUAAGAGGGUGGAAGCCAUUUCGAAUGUUAGGCGAUCUUUGAGGCUUUCUCUGCUGGGAAAUAAUAAUGCAAUUCAAGAGAAGAGUGACGAAGACAAGUCGACGAAGAGCAGUGAUAGUAACCCAAAGAAACUCAGACAUUCUUCUUCAAAUAAAUCAACGGAUAAUAAGGAGGUAUUGUUAAAUAAAGAAAAAGGGGAAGCGUGUGUGGGUUCAUGUGAUGAGAUUGUGCAGAGAAGCGAAAGGAGGACUCAAGGUUGUGCCAUUGUUGAAGUGGUCCUAGGACUUGAAGCAGCCAAAGGAAAAAUUAUUCCUCAAAGAAGGAAGAGGAAGAGAGGAGAGGAAGGUAAUAAUGGAAGUGUUAAAGGGUGGUCAAAGGAGCAAGAAGCGGCAUUGCAGAGAGCUUAUUUUGCAGCCAAGCCCACUCCUCAUUUCUGGAAGAAGGUUUCUAAGCUGGUGCCUGGAAAGACUGCACAAGAUUGCUUUGAGAAGAUCCACUCGGACCAUGUAACUCCACCUCAACCUUUGCCUCGAUCAAGGGCAAAGAGACUGAACUCAUCGCCUUUUGGAUGCUUUUCACUUUCUGUAGGCAAAUUAGUAGGUUCCUCUGAGCUGAAAGUUAAAAGGUUUUGUCAUAAACAGAAGAGUCAUAUUGCAAAGAGAACUGCCAGAAAUUUGCUGCAAAAGCAUAAUCAGAUGGACCAGAAUUAUGAAGCAGAUUUAUUCUCCAUCCUCGAGCCCAAUGUGAAUCUGUCUAGGCAAGACACUCAGACGUACGAUGCAGUUUCCACCCCGCAGCAUUCACCAGAAAAACAAGGAUUUCUUAAGAAGUGCCAUGAGAGAUCUUUUGGUAAGAAAAUACCCCUCUCAAGAUUUAGAAGUUCAUGUGGGACAGAUCUUGUUAGUCCCCCGGUAUUGAAGCAAGUGAAAAACAAGGCUUUGCAUGAGAAAUACAUAGACCAGUUACAUUACAGGGAAGCUAAGAGAAAGGCAGCAUGCCCACAAGCAGGAAAAGAGAGUAGUGCGCAGGUCAACAUUCUGAAAGUAGAUGUGGUUAGAGCAGCAAAAAAUGCACUGGUUUCUGAUGUAAAAGAUGCUAUUAAUAAGCUCCAAGAUCUGCAAACCAAUGCCAAGGAUGACUCUUUUGAUUUUGACAAUGAUGGUGUCAGCAGUGAUGAUGCUGAAGUUGAUGGAUUCUGACAUUGUUUUAACAGUGAGGAAUUGUAACAAAAUUUAAUAAGUUUAGCAUCAGAAACUGAAGUUGCCUUGUGUAAAUGCUAAUACUUUAACCUCUGGUUUAGAAUAAUCUUUAUCUGAGUUAGAUUGUUUU